GAGAGCCGCGUCCCUCCGCGCGUGCCGGGGUCCCGCUCUCUCCCGGCCUUGCUCGCUCGCUGUGUCCCCGCGGCGGCGGCGGCGGCUGUUCCCGGCCGGGCCCCGCGUUAUGUCGUGAUCCCGGGCGGGCGGCGCUGCUGCUGCUGCUUCUGCUGAUGGGGCUGCUCAGGAUUAUGCUGCCGCCCAAGUUGCAGCUGCUGGCCGUGUUGGCCUUCGGCCUGGUCGUGUUUUUCCUCGAGAACCAGAUCCAGAAGCUGGACGAGUCCCGCGGCAAGCUCGAAAGGGCUAUCGCCAGACAUGAAGUCAGAGAAAUUGAGCAACGUCAUACAAUAGAUGGCCCUCGGCCAGAUGCAACUCUGGAUGAAGAAGAUGAUGUGGUGAUCAUUUACAACAGAGUACCUAAAACUGCAAGCACGUCCUUCACAAAUAUAGCAUAUGACCUCUGUGCAAGGAACAAGUACCAUGUUCUGCAUAUCAAUACAACCAAAAAUAAUCCUGUUAUGUCAUUACAAGAUCAGGUGCGAUUUGUGAAGAAUGUAACUUCCUGGAAGGAAAUGAAACCAGGGUUUUAUCAUGGACAUAUAUCUUAUUUGGAUUUUGCAAAAUUUGGUGUUAAAAAGAAACCAAUUUACAUCAAUGUCAUAAGAGAUCCUAUAGAACGACUAGUUUCUUAUUACUACUUUCUGCGCUUUGGAGAUGAUUACAGACCAGGGCUACGAAGGCGAAAACAGGGGGAUAAAAAGACUUUUGAUGAAUGUGUAGCAGCUGGAGGCUCAGACUGUGCUCCAGAGAAACUUUGGCUUCAGAUUCCAUUCUUCUGUGGCCACAGCUCAGAAUGCUGGAAUCCGGGAAGCAGAUGGGCUUUGGAGCAAGCCAAGUACAACCUGAUUAAUGAAUACUUCCUAGUGGGAGUUACUGAAGAGCUUGAAGACUUUAUUAUGUUGUUGGAGGCAGCUUUGCCCCGGUUCUUCAGGGGUGCUACAGAACUGUACCGGACAGGAAAGAAGUCUCAUCUUAGAAAAACAACAGAGAAAAAGCUCCCCACAAAAGAAACCAUUGCCAAGUUGCAGCAGUCUGAAAUUUGGAAAAUGGAAAACGAAUUUUAUGAAUUUGCACUGGAGCAAUUUCAGUACGUCAGAGCACAUGCAGUUCGGGAAAAAGAUGGUGAAUUGUAUAUUCUGGCACAAAACUUUUUCUAUGAAAAGAUUUACCCUAAAUCAAACUAAGAACGAGGUAUACUACUAGAUUAAUGGACUAAAACUUUGGUCACAUCAUCUUAGUUCUCAGCCCUGGAAACUAGAUUGCUGGUAGACCUCUGAGACAUUUUCACUAGUCUUGAGAAAAUUGGGCUGUGGAUCGCAUCAGGGGAGCUGGAUGCUGACUAAGUAUGUUGGUAAUCCAGAAGCCUAGGCUUCAGUACUUUUAUCUAACUAAUUUUCAGUGGGAGGUAUUACCCGCUGUCUUAAGAACCCUACACUUUCAUUUAUAGCGAUUUAACCACACAGCAGCCCUAGUUGAAAAUGUAAACAAAAAAUGCUUCUGUUUAUGCUGGUUUCGAUUCUCAGAGCAAUUUAUUUUUUGUUUAAACUUCUAUGAAGAAGAAAUAAUUUGUUUCCCAGCUUCAACCUGGAGAUCUUGGUUAUAUACAAACAUGGAUAGUGUUAAUAACUGGUUGACAUCUGUGCUUUGUUUUUGUGAAUCAUGUCACAUGAUAUUCAUUGGAAUGGUUAAUCAUGUUCUGCUAAGAAAAGCUACUGCUGCUGGAUUUGCCAUAUUUAUAUAUGUGGUUUUAUUAAAAAAAAGUUAUAACUGAUCAUUAGUGUUUAAAAAAAUCAUUUCCAUAUUAAUAUUGUAAAAAGAUAGAGAAUCAAAGCAAUGUUUCUCAUUUACUUCCUCCCCUCCAGUGCCAACUGAGGUUGAGAAAACUGUUGAGAAAGUUGGCAUUGCCUGCAGUUUUAGUUGAUGCUUACACAUUGGUAUAAGAAAUAGUAAAUUGGGUAUCAAAUUGUUCCAUGGAUUCUUUGUAAUAACUGUAAACUGAGAUAUUGGUGAAUCCAUAUUAUGACUCCAUUGGUGAGCUGUGGUAUGGUUAGGGUUUUCCUACUUCUUCUAUACUUUUACCUGUAGAAUAUUUUUACUAAGGUGCUUUAUAAUGUGUUUUAAAGCAUUGCAUUUACAGAAAGGAGUAAUAUGCUGUAAAUAUUGCAUAUUUUAUGUAUUUGGACCAAAAGGUUACAAGUAACUAGUUUAAAGUGUUUUUGCACCAGUUUUGUUACAUGUGAAGUAAAAACAUCACAUCUACUGUUCUACUUCCUGUUUGAGUUAACUGUUGGACAUUGCUGAAAUGCACUUCAGUGACCUCUAUAACUUUAAUACACAGCACAUUGUCAGGAAUUCUCUGUGUAUAAAGUUAGUCCUCAUCCUUUUAUGUAGAAAGAGGAAAAAGGAAAUCAAAUGUGCAGUCUGGUUGAGAGAGAUACAGUGAACUUGACAUAAAUAUAUUUAUGUAACUGCCUUAUUUCACAAUUGUAAAUUUACAUGAGUUGCCAUUAUUAGCAAUGUGAAAAACAUGGUAGAUUAAAUAGAUUGGGAUUAGGGAACAGAUUUCUGGGUACCAGGGUCACUGUGUUUUAUCAAACUGCAGUGGAUAAAUACAAAAAAAUAUAUAGAAAAAUACUUUUUUAAAUCAAAGUAGUUGUACAUUUUACCACCUGCCUUUUCUUAAAAUGAGUUUCACAGGAUUUGAUUUUGAAAGGGUACAGAGAGGGGACAAGGUGAAAUCAAUGGUAUGGAUUUAAAUUAUUAAAGAAAUGUAUUGCUUAAGGCAAUAGCAUAAAUUUACUGAGAUGGAGUUUCUUUGACCAGUUUGUUCUAGUAAUGAAAACUGUAAAAUGGAUGUUUGAUGCCACAAAUAUAGUGAUCCAGUUACUAAAAGAAUUAAUGAGAUGAUAUCAAGUACAUUUAAAAAAACCCACCUUUAAUAUGCUUUAAUCUUCUGUAAAUCUUCUACUUUCAGUUUUAAAACUGAAGUUCUCCCUAAUAGUUACAUUUUUCUCAAUUAGAUAAUCAUGAAUUUACCUUUCUGAUUGUUUAGCAUGUGUGUCAUGAACCUGACGUAGACUGAAAAAUCCUAUUUCUUAUCUGCUAUUAUUGAGUGUGUCUACACAUGCAGUUAAUGCGACUGACUAUACUUUGGCUCAAAUUGAGCUAGAGUAAAUUAAUCCUAAGGUCAUCAUCUACACGUGUGUUUAAACACAGUGAUUUACUGCACUGCUGGAUACCACGUGUAUCUCACUGGGCUAUCUGGCAGCGCAGUAAAUUAGUCUACUGCACCCUAAUUGCCAUGCAAGUAUAGAUGGUGAUGCUUUACUGUGCAGCAAAUUAGUCUGCUGCACAGUGAAGUGUCUCAUGUAUAUGCGCCCUCAAGGAUGCACAGGUUUCAUUUGGAACAGAAUGUUACUUGAUCUGUGGUUCUUAUAGCUGGUUGUCUGGCUGGAUGAGAAGAAUUGAGGAUAGUAGGAUCAUACAUAAGGAAAAACUAUUGAAGCUUUACACUAAAAAGUGGUAACAUUUGGAAAUAAAAUGUAUAUUUCCAUAUGUAUAUAUAAUCCAAUAAGAUUCCUUACUAAAUGACAGGACAGAGCUCAUGUUGACCCUAGUAACUGUCUCCUUUUCAGUCUGGUCAAAAACACCUUACUUGAUCCUUUUCUGAAAUUUUCAGAGUCAUGGCUUUGAACAAAAACAUAAAGUAUUCUUCAGAGGAAAACACUGUACCCAAUGUGCUAUAGAAAUAAGGAUUCAAAUGACCUAAGUUGACAAGAAAAUUAUAUGUAACAUUGUAGCCAUUGACUUCAUUAGAGCCAGAGUGUCUGCUAGCUUGUUUUUGAAGUUCUGUUUCUCUUCUGCAAAAAUUUAAAAGUUUUGGAAAAUAAUUGAAAACAGGGCGCUUCAAAAUGAUUUGCAAACCUAGAACAAAAUCUUUCAGUUACAAAGGAGAACAUUAUCAUUCAUUGAUUAAUAUCAUGGGGAAGAAUGCUUUUUUUUCAGAUCAUGUCACUUCUUGUUCUUUACUGACUGUGAACUGACAAAAUUGGACUGCUGAUAUAGGAAUAUGAAAGUCUUUGGAUAUAGUCAUUUAAUGUCUGUAAUUUUAAUGUGGAAAAAUAUUUAUUUUAGCUGGUGCUCUGGAAAUAUUGUGCAUGGGAUGGAGGCUAAAUUCAGAUUAUGGCUACUUCUGUGCCUGAUAUAAUAAUGGAUUCAACUCUGAGCAUAUUAGGGACUUUUGUAUUCCCAGGUAACAAAUUUCUGUUUCCCCAUAAGUAGAGCAUUAAGGAUGAAUAGCUUUACAGAUUUUUAAUAACCUGCUUUACUAAUCUUCAGUUCAGAUACUAAAGUUCUCCAAACUGUUUGCAUUAAACAAAUUUACAACAUACGUGAAAAUUUGUCUUCCACUCUCUUGUAAUGAAUUCAAUGAAAUUUAGUGACAUGCAGUAUUUUGCUGUUGCAGACUGUGUGGUCAGUAGAGUACAUUUUUGUAGCUUUCUGCCUGCAGAUAUAUGGGAAAAUCACUGAAUCUCUGCACAGAGUGUCUAUAAUUAGAAGAGAUUUGCCAUGAAAAUAAUGUAUGCUGAAAUACUAGAACCAUUGAAGUCAAUGGACAUUUUGCCAUCGACUGCAAUAGUGGCAGGAUUUCACCCUUUGUAUUUAUGGACAGUAUUUGAGUCAGAAUGUUAAGAACUGGAAUGUAUGUUGUGUAUAGUACCUAAAUUUCUGUUAAUAGACUCUGUUUAUUAAUUAUGUAUUGAACAUGAAUUAAGGGAUUUGAAACAGGAGUGAAAUUUUAUGGUUUUAGAAUGUAGCAAAGAGGAAGCAGUUCAUUGUAGAGUCUGAAAUGCCUUUUCCAGCUAUUUAACAUGUCUGAAGAUGUUUAGCUACCUCUGCUUUCCAGUAAUACACUUCUGCCUGUUUAUAAUCUUAAAAUAAUUCUAUUUACAUCAGGAGAGGUCCAAUUGCUGUUUAUACUUUUGCAUCUGUUUCACCUGGUAUAGAGAAAGACAUGCAAUGAGAAGAGAUGCAUGUGUGAUGCUGUCUAAACUACGCUGCUUAGGCAGCCAGCUGAAAAGCCUAUUUUGAGUGCACUGCCAAUUUAGCUCUUUAAAAGUGGAGCAUAUUUUAUGACUACUGGAGAUCAGACUUGGAGAAACUCUAAUGGAUUAUCAGUUGUCUGGAUGUAUCCUUUACUUUAAGCCCAUGCAGCUGAAAUUUUGCAGUACUAUUUAUAAAAUGGGUCCUCUUUGUGAAGAUUUUUAUAGUGCAUAAUUAUAAAUCUGUUUAGACACUUGUCCUGUCUGAUACUGAGAUCAGCAAUUUGCUGUAGCUUCUGUAUUAAGAGAGUUAGGUUUGUGAGCAUUUCUACAGAAGUAUCGAAUGUAACUUUGAGAAACAUGGAUUGUGCCUCAUGCUUUUUAUUUUUAGAUACACACACAGCUAAAUAGUGCCUUUUUUCCUAACAAUCCAUGUUGAAGAUGCUCACUCCCACUCUUUAUCCUCUCUCUUUUUAUCCAUAUAUUGAUUCAUUUGUGCAAUAUUAUCCCAAACUUAAACCGUUUUGUUACGUCUGUUUGAGAGAUAAUCACUUCAUUUUCUUUACUAUGCUGCCAGCUUUCUGUUGUUGAAGUGUUUCAGUUGAUUACCUGAUGCAAAUGCUAUAAAAUAAAACUCCCAGUGGGAAGGGGGAAAAAA